AUGGUAACAAAAAUAGUUAAUAGUUUUGAGAAUAUACUUAGUAAUCCUAGUUUAGUAAAACAUAUUUUAAGUUAUAUUACAUCUAUUAAUGAUAUUUUAAACCUUUCCAUAGCAAGUUCUAUAUUUUAUAAAACUAUUGAAGAACUUAAUUUUGAAGAUGUAGAAAUUCCAAAUGAUAAAAGUAUUGUAAUUAAUUUUGUUACUUUAGAAAGAGUCAUAAUAAAUCGUAAUAUAGUAAAAUGUAAUAAAGAAUCAAUUAGUAAAAUAUUGUUUCGUAAACUAAAUCAUUGUAUGCAUUUGAUUCUUAUUUUUCCAUCUUCAUUCUUGGAUGGAGUUAAAAAGUUUUAUUUACAUUACAAAGAAGUAAUAAAAACAAUUUUUAAUUCACUUCCGUAUAUCCAAAUCUUAGAAUUUGAUUGCAUUAAAAUAGAAUCAUUGCAUUUAAAAUUAUUUUGUGAGAUAGAAGAAAAUAAAACCAUUAAAGAAAUAGUUUGGAGUGGAAAUGAAUAUCAAAAUGAAUAUGGUAUUGAAGGUAAAACAUGGUUUUUAAAAUGUAUCAAUUUAGAAUGUAUUUCUAUUUUACCAAUGGCAAAAAAUGUCCUAACAUUUUUAUAUUAUAUUAAGAAAGGUCUUGGUAAUAAAAAAUUAAAAUGUUUAAAAGUUCCUGAAGUUAUAUGGCUUAAUGAGAUAGAUAAAAUUCAAACAUGUGAAAUGUUAGAAUUUAGUAUGGAAGUUUUUGAUGGAAUUAUAACAACAUUAAGCAUUUAUAAUGAACCAUCACAAUUUAUAAUAAAAAAAUUAAUGAAAAAUUUAAAAUUUAUUUCAUUAGAUAUUAUAUUUAGUAAUAUUGAAGAGUUAUCUUUUUUUAUGAAUUAUUUUACUCAUUGUAAUGUAUCAUAUCUUGAAUGUUUUAGAAUUUUUAUUGUUAAUCCAAUAUUUCUUAAUUUUGGUGAUUUUUUUUCAAUGUUAUUUAGAAAAAUUGGCCAAUCAUCUAAACUUUAUAGUAUUAUGUUAAGUCAAGUUAUGAUAAAAGAUAUUGUUGAUGAAUAUGGAAAUGAAGUAUAUUCAUUAAAAAAAAAAUUUAAAACAUUAUAUAAAGAUUUAAUAAUAAUGCUUCCUCCUCAAAUAAAAUGUGUAGAAUUUAGAGGAGAAGGAGUAGAUAAAGAAGAUUUAAUAUUAUUAUCAAGAAAAUUACCUAAUUUAGAAAGUUUAAUAGUUGGAAAAUAUACAGUAUUACCAAAAAAUAUAUUUGAAUAUUUUACAAAAAUUAAAGAUAUUAGAUAUUAUUGUAAUCAUACAAAAUUUACUAUAUUACCUGAUAGUUUAGAAAUUGUAAUAUGUUGUUGUGCAUGUGAUUUUAUUAAUGAUGAUCAAGAUCCAAGUGGAGAGUUACUUUGUUGGUCAUUAGGAUUACUUGAAAAAAAAUUUUCUAAAUGUUUUUUUAAACAUGAUAAUGAUACAGAUGAAACAAUAACAUUUUAUGGAAAUUCAUUUUUUAAACUUUAUCAAAAAAUUUUUUAUAUAAAUACAUCAUUAGAUUGGGUUAUUGAAAAAAUGUAUGAUGGAAAUAAUAAUAAUGAUAAACAAAAGAAAAAUAAUUGGUGUCAAUAUAUUUUUGGAAAUUAUGCUUAA